AUGUUUUUACCCAAACGACUCUUCAUGAAACGUAGAAGUUGCGAAGGGGUUCUACCAUCAUGUGGUAAGUCGCUAAAUAACUUGCGGAUAAGCGCUUCUUCAGUGAGCCUCCUCCAAUUGGGUGUAAGGUUCAACACCCGGGACGGCUUCCAAGAAAUCGGUCACUUCAUCCACAAUGGUGGGUAUAAUAAUUAUAAUCAAUCAAUCAAUCUAUCUAUCUAUCUAUCUAUCUAUCUAUCUCUGUUACCAUCUAUUUGUCUAUCUAUCAAUCUCAGUCUGUUCCAAUCUAUCUAUCUAUCUAUCUAUCUAUCUAUCUAUCUAUCUCUAUCUCUUUUCACUUAUCUUUCUCUCUUUAUUUCAGUUCGUUCUCUCUAUAUAUUUAUCUCAGUCCAAUCACUUCUCUCUCUUAUCCUAUCUAUCUAUCUAUCUAUCUAUCUAUCUAUCUAUCUAUCUCGGUCCUUUCACUUAUCUUUCUCUCUUUAUUUAAGUUCGUUCUCUCUAUAUAUUUAUCUCAGUCCAAUCACUUCUCUCUCUUAUCCUAUCUAUCUAUCUAUCUAUCUAUCUAUCUAUCUAUCUAUCUAUCUCGGUCCUUUCACGCCUCUUUCUAUAUGUUUACCUCAGUUUUUUCUCAAUAUCCAAUCACGUCUUUCUUUCUUUCUUUCUUUCUUUCUUUCUUUCUUUCUUUGCCUUUCAUAUCUAUCUAUCUAUCUAUCUAUCUAUCUAUCUAUCUAUCUAUCUAUGUCAGCCCUCUCGUUCAGAUAA